CGGUCGCGCCUUGAGAGGAGGCAGUGCCGAAGGCAGCCCGUCUCGGGUCCUGAGUGGGCAGUUGGAGGGUCCUACGGGGAGCGACAGACGCAGCGAGCGAGCGCGAGCGGCCCCGAGGCGAGACAGCGCUAUGGCGUGGAGUGCAGAUUUACUCAUAUAUUACCACACGGUUUUAUGAAGCCUGCUGAUGUGAUUUCUGAAGAGUUGAAUGCGCAGAGGAGAAGUUUCACACUGCUGCUUUGGAUUGCUGCCAUCACUGUGACGCCCUGAUCGCUAGACAUCAUGUACUGCCUCCAGUGGUUACUGCCUGUUCUCCUCAUCCCAAAGCCCCUCAACCCAGCCUUGUGGUUCAGUCACUCAAUGUUCAUGGGCUUCUACCUGCUGAGUUUCCUGUUGGAGCGGAAACCUUGCACAAUCUGUGCCUUGGUCUUCUUGGCCGCUUUGUUCCUCAUCUGCUACAGCUGCUGGGGGAACUGUUUCUUGUAUCACUGCUCUGGCUCCCAGCUGCCUGACUCUGCCCAUGAUCCCAACAUCGUUGGCACCUAAAACUUUCCAUUUGGUUGCAAGCUCCUCUUUUUUCCUUUUUCCUUUUUCUUUUAAAGGGACAUUUUUAUGGGAAGGAGGGAUUAUAAGGCAUGUGAUUGGAGUACAAGCAACCUGUUUGUAUGUCUGGAUUUAAGUGUUUCACUCAUGAUCACCCGCACUUCCAAAAUCUGCCUGUAAAAUUUGAUGAAACCUGUUUAUAGUGAUAACUAGCAUUGCUAUCUGUUCUGGGGUUUGAAGCAGAGCUGUUUGUGGGUGGUCCCCCCUUCUGCCUUCUUGAUUAUCUGAGAUUGGUCCUUCUAUUUCUCACUUGGUGGCGAAGAAAUUUAUUGAGUGUUGCCUGAUACUGGAGUUGCAUUUGUUCUGAUCCCUUGCACAGGUCACAAUGCAGCCUUCCAUCGUCUGGAACAUGCCUCCCCUGAUGUUGCUGAAACAGUUGGAAAGUCUCGUUCAUCUUGCAUUUGAUAAAGAACUAGUGUUUAUUGCUCUGAAUAUCUGAAGAGGAUCUUACAGAUGGCUAAUAAGCUUGAAAGCUGAUGGAGGCAGAGGCUGCUGAUUCAUCUCAGCAGGCCAAACUGGAAUGUGUGUGCUGCCUGAGUGCUUUCCAGACUAUUUAUCUGCCUAGAUCAUCGUUCAGAAAUCCCAGAGUUGUCAUGUUGCCACUUUUGCAGCACAGGUGCUGAAGCGUAACUCAUUCUUCCCCCUCUACCCCACCCCCUGCCAAACACCCCUGCCAUGGUUUACAGAGGUCUUGGGAAGAAAGCAUGCUCUGCUAUAACAUUUGGGGAUCCCUUUUAUGGUCUUUGCUUUUGAAUUUUAAGCUCUCAGUGUUUCUAGCUUGAAAAGAAGCAGCAGACUAAAGGGAUGGGUUACUGAAUGUGCUAGCUCUGAAAUGGAAGGGACAGGCUGGAGUGAUGUGCUGCUCUUUUUCUUUUAUUUUUCGAUGCCAAGAGUAUUAUUCUCUGUCAUCAUAAGCAAAUGAGCCAAUAUUCACAUGCAUGGGAGGAAAGGAAAGACCGAGGGACAGGAGCAGGCAGAAGUAACAUCGGGGCCUGCUCCUCUUGGACUCUCUCUCUCUCUCUCUCUCUCUCUCUCUCUCUCUCUCUCUCUCUUUCUCUCUCCUCCCUCCCUCCCUCCUGGACUCCUUUUCCUUGUGUGUCAUGUCUUUAUUAGACUGUAAGCCUGAGGGCAGGGACUGUCUUUUUUGCUAAGUGUAAGCCGCUCCGAGAGCCUUUUUUGGCUGAGGAGCGGGGUAUAAGUAUGAUAAAUAAAUAAAUAAAUAAAUACGGAGCAACAAAUGGUUGGACUGCAGAUCCUCAUGUGACUCUAGGAAGCUCUUUCCUGGAGCUUCCUGAAUUAUACUUUUAUUCCCUACCCCCGUGCGCGUGCACACAUGCACACACACACAACUUAGCUUUCGCUCCCUUCCACAUCAGCAACUUCCAGAGAAUAUCUGUCCUCCCUUCCUUAGGAAAUGUUUGCUUAUGAGAAAUAUAAGCUAGCCCUUGGGGGAAGGGAAAGCAUACACUUUUCUGUAACUUUUCAAGAUGAUCUCUUUGUUCACCAUGCAUUUGGCUCUGCACAAUCUUCCUCUGGAGGAGCAUUGAUGAGAAGUCUUUUUCUCUCCCGUGGGAGUUGGAACUGAGAAACUGAAAAACCAGUUGUGAAACCUCCACAGAUAAUUUUUUAUUUUUUGUUUGUUCAUUGCACAGCUGUUCAACAGGUUUAAUAAAGCUUUAUAAACUUU